AUGUAUUUGAGCAGUUAAAGGAUUAUUGAAAUCAAUAUCUUUAAGAAGUAGAGAAAUCAAAAAAGGUAAAUUAUAUUUUAUAAGAUACUUUACAAAUCUUAUCUUUAAUAUUUAAAUAUGGAAUGGAAGCUACUAUUUCUGAUGAAUUUAGAUAAAAUUAUAAAUAAAUAGAUAUUAUAAAUUGUAUUGAUGUUAUUCCAUAAAUUCUAGCAAGAAUCCAAAUUUAAAAUCCGAUAAUUUAAUAAUUAUUAUAAGAUUUAUUAAUACAUAUCAGUCGUAUACAUCCAUAAGCUCUUAUUUAUCCAUUACUGUUGCUUGUAAAUCAAAAGAUUAUAAGUCUUAAAGAUAUUAGAUGAUAUGAAAAAACAUUCUCCAAUUCUGGUUAAUGGAGCCUUAAUAAUUAGUGAAGAACUAAAUCGUACUGCUAUAUUAUUAAAAGAAGCAUGGAGAGAAGGUAUUUAAGAAGCAUGGACAUCUUUUUCAUAUGAUAAAAAUAAAACCCAUUUAGAGAGAAUUCUAAGAGGUUUACAUGAUAAUAUGAGAGUUAAACUUGAAAGUUUAAGUGAAAUCCAAUUUCAUUAAACAUAUGGAUAAGAAAUAUUUGAAGCUGAAGCUUGGUAACAAAGACAUUUGAGAACAGAAGAUUAAGUUUGUUUGUGUGUGCAUUUGAUAUAUAUACAAGAAUUUAUCAUAAAGUCUAGAAAAAAAGAAGAAAGUUCAUCUUGA